CCAUUGCUUCCCCCACUCCCUCUCUCUUUCUUCUCGCACGAGACUGCUACCCUCCCCUUCUGGUCGCCGUGCGCCGCCUCCAUCGCCGUGCGCCGCCGUGACCCGUUGGUUCAAGACCAAGGCUUUCCGGAUUACUUCUGAAACUUAGACCGGAUUUUCAUGCUUCUGUGUGCAUCAGUGCGUGGUAAAGAGUUUUAUAGAGGAUUUGGGGAUUCUGCUGUCUACUUGUGGGACUAGGUUGAACAGAACACUGGCGUCCGCUGUAGGAUCGGGAAAUGUCAAAUCAUCCGGAGCUCUGUGGAUGGCGGCGUAUGGCUAUUAAUUAAAGAAACUGAUUCAUUGUAUUGGUCUCAUGAGAAGAAAAGGAAUUCAGUGAGCUCUUAGCCAAUCUCUAUGCUAGAGUUCUGCAAAUGUGCUUUCCGUCAUGUGAUCAAUGCCCACCAACUGCUUUAUUAUACUUAAACACCUGCAUGUAUAGUGUAUGCGAUCUUUUUCAUGUUAUUUGCUUCAGAGUGACUUUUUUGUUUCUCAAAUCCAGAAAUUCAUCCCCAAGAAAUGGAAACAAAAUGUCAAGCCAUCAAAAAAUGGAAGCAAACAUCCAUCUGACUAUAAUUACCAAGGGCCAUGGCUAGAAUCACACCAAAAUAGUGAACAUUAUGAUUCUAUGGUUGAUUCUUUCUUCACUUCCCUGAAAGAUUUUGCAGCCAAAGGCAGUCUUUUUCAAGCCUUCAAGACCUUUUCCCUCAUCCAAUGCCAUUCUUCUUCUUCUUCGUCACUGUCUGACCUUAUUUUGCAUUCUUUGUCUUAUCUCUUGUUAUCUUGCAAGAACACAAAAUCACUUUCACAAGGUAAACAAAUUCAUGGCUACAUAAUCUCUGCAGGUUAUGAUGAACAUCCUGUUUUGGUUCCCAAGCUAAUCACCUUUUACUCAGCUUUCAAUCUCCUUGGUGAUGCCCACAUUAUAACUGAGACAUCAAAAAUACAGCACCCUUUGCCCUGGAACUUGCUUAUCUCUUCUUAUGUCAGAAAUGGGCUUUCUGGGGAGGCUUUAUCUGCCUAUAGGCAAAUGGUAAACAAGGGGAUUAGGCCUGAUAACUUCACUUACCCAAGUGUUCUCAAGGCUUGUGGUGAUGAACUAAAUCUAGAAUUUGGUAGGGAGGUGCAUAGCUCUAUUAAUGCUAGUGGCCGUGGCAGGUGCUUGUUUGUGCACAAUGCUUUAAUCUCUGUGUAUGGGCGAUGUGGGGAAGUUAAUAUUGCUCGUAAGCUGUUUGACGAAAUGCCUGAGAAGGAUGCAGUUUCAUGGAACUCAAUGAUCUCUGGAUAUGCUUCCAAGGGUAUGUGGAGAGAAGCUUUUGAGCUUUUUGAAAGGAUGAGAAUGGAGGGAAUAGAAAUGAACAUCAUAAUUUGGAAUAUUAUUGCUGGUGGGUGCUUGAAAACUGGAAACUAUAAGGGGGCACUUGAAUUGCUUUCUCAGAUGAGAUUUUGUCACACUCAUCUGGAUUUUGUUGCAGUGCUCAUUGGUCUGGGUGCAUGUUCCCGUAUUGGUUUACUAAAAUUGGGGAAAGAGAUUCAUUGUGUAGCAAUUCGUAGUCAUUUUGAUGAAUUUGAUAAUGUUAAAAACACAUUAAUCACUAUGUAUGCCAGGUGCAAAGACCUUGCACAUGCAUAUACUUUGUUCAGGCCAGGAUGUACUAAAAGUGUAAUGACUUGGAAUUCCAUUAUUUCUGGUUACACGUACUGGGACUGCUCUGAGGAAGCCUCCUUUCUAUUUAGGGAAAUGUUGCUUUCUAGAGUUGAACCUAAUUAUGUAACAAUAGCAAGUAUUCUUCCCCUUUGUGCCCGAGUGGCAAAUCUACAACAUGGUAAGGAGUUCCACUGCUACAUUACAAGGCAUGUGGAGUUCCAGGAUUAUCUACUACUAUGGAAUGCUCUCGUGGAUAUGUAUGCAAGAUCAGGAAAACUUUUACUAGCAAGGAGGCUGUUUAAUUUGCUGAACAAUAAGGACAAAGUGACUUAUACUUCGUUAAUAGCUGGUUAUGGGAUACAAGGAGAGGGGCAUGCUGCAAUAGAACUUUUCAAAGAGAUGAUCAGGCUUCAGAUAAAGCCAGACCAUAUAACUAUGGUUGCUAUUUUGUCAGCUUGCAGUCAUUCAGGUCUUGUUAGUCAAGGCCAAAUGCUAUUUGGAAAUAUGCUAAGUAUCUAUGGUAUAACUCCUCGUCUUGAGCACUAUGCUUGCAUGGUCGAUCUCUUUGGUAGGGCUGGUUUACUGAAGAAAGCGGAGGAGAUUAUCACAAGGAUGCCUUAUCAACCAAGCCCUGCAAUGUGGGCCACUCUUAUUGGAGCAUGUCGCAUCCAUGGAAACACGGAGAUAGGGGAAUGGGCGGCUGAAAAAUUGUUGGAAAUGAGGCCUGAAAAUCCAGGAUACUAUGUUCUGAUCGCUAACAUGUAUGCUGCUGCUGGUUGUUGGAACAAGCUAGCAAGAGUGAGGACCUUCAUGCGGGACUUGGGUGUGAGAAAGCCUCCUGGCUGUGCCUGGGUUGAUGUGGGUGCUGGAUUUUCUCCAUUCUUAGUGGAAGAUAAGUCACACCCUCAAGCAAAUGAUAUUUACCCUUUGUUGGGGGGAUUAACCAAGCAAAUGAAAGAUGCUGGUUAUGUUGUCAUGCAAGAUUUUGAAUUAGAUGCUGAAUUUGAUGAUGAAUUUGAGGAGUAUGAUGAAGGACAAAACUUGUAUGUGAAAAAUGCAUAGUUGCAUUUGUUAGGUGAAUUCUCGUUGGGAGAGUUUUUUAAAGGCCUCCUUUCAUUCUCGAGGAAAUACACAUUUCUCACUCAUAUUGAGUUGGAGUGACUAUACUUCGGAAUCUGUGGAGAACGACAAGCUCAGAACCUUUUGGUACUCAGAGCCAAUGCCAGAUUCCAAUUUUGGGAGUAACUCUGCUGGAGUGACCGGAUACACCUCUUGUGGUAUGGCAUGUACUUGAGGAGAUGGAGUACAGAGAGGUCCCUCACUUUCAUCUCGCCAUCGUCCGACAACUUUCGCAAGGAGGAGAAAGGUUGAGGCUCAUGGUGGUCAGCCUUCGACCAAUGCAUCCAUUCCAAAUUGGGUGACACAUAUUCCUAAGCAGCCAUCUACACCUGCUUUUGGCUUACCAUCGACGCAAGUGAGCAGCCCUAUCUUAGUACUCCUGAGAAGUCAUUGAAAGAUAAUUUUUUUGGACCAUUUCUUGGAGGUCCUGAAGAUCCAUCAAUUUUGAAGAGCUUUAAAAAACAUGUUGUUAUUGGCAUAUUGGUUAGAGAGAUACGUUCCAUUAAGAAAUGGAUUAUGAAAAAGAUUUUAUAAAAAUAUUAGUUAUUAUAAUUUUAUUAACUAUUUGUUUUAUUUUUGUAACAAAAGAGAGGUUUAUUGAAGUGUAGAAGCCAUAGACAAAAAAAUUCUGAGUGGUCAUUGGAUAAUCAGCAACGUAUUCAGGACAUGAUUGUAGAGUCUCAUUUGGCACCUUUGAUGGAAUGCAUUUAUUGUUUUGCUAAUCCUAUAAUUGUGUCAACUUUUUCAAAGAGAUGGCAACCUGAGAUUAACAUAUUUCAUUUACUUUUUGGUGAGAUGACGAUAACGUUGGAUGAUGUUUCUAUUAUAUUUACGAUAAUAGUCAUCGGCACUCUUAUAUCUGUCCCUCAUUUGACAACUAAUGAAGCACGUGACAUAUUGUGUCGUUCACUGGGAGUGUCAACAAUUGUGGCAGUCGGACAGAUGAAGUAGACAUGGAGACCAUAUGUAAAGUUGGACUAGCUUAAAAAAAUGUUCAAGAAUGUAUUAGCUUUAGCUUCUAAGGAACAGAUCAGUCAUGAUAGUAAGGUGUACUUGUUAUAUUUAUUAGGUUGU